GCUGCGGCCCCAGCGCUGCGCGCUCACAGGUCCUGCAGACCCGUGUUCAGAGCUGGCCUCUCGUCGACCUCCAUGCCAGGGAUAAAAGUGUGACCUCUUGCUUCAGCAGGGCUACAUUUCCUCACCUGAUCCACCUUCCCAGGGGACAGGGAGAAAAGUGGGGUUGUAAGGACACCCCUGGAGUCAGAGUAGUAAGUAGGUGGUUUUGCAGCUUCAGCGAGGGGUGUGUGAAGCUCAGGUCUUAAGUGAGGGGAGCGAAGGAACUUGCCCACACUCACCCAGCAGCAAGUGCCGGAGCUCGAACCCUGGCAGUCUGGCUAGUGGGUGUGUUCUUCUUUUAGUGAUAGCGUGUACUGCUUCUCUCCCCAAGGGUGAAAACUGAAAAAGAAGUGAGAGUGGUUGAGUCACAGGCUUCCUGGAGGAGGAUGAGGUGGGAGGGACAUCAGCUGUGUCUGGAGGACUGAGGAGGGCGGGCAGCUGGGGAUUGAGCAUGCCCCCAACUCAAGGGUCCCUGACAACCCAAGUCUCUCCAUGUCCCAGUUUCUGCCCAAUUUCCGAAAGCUUAAGGGGUGUGCAGGACCAGCUGGUCCAAACCGGUCAUUUUAUACACAAGGUAACAGAGGUGAGGCGAUUUGCUCAGAUUCCCAGAGCAUGUUGACAGCAGAGCUGAAAAAAAUUCCCUGUUUCUUUCCCGGGUCAUGCUGCCUCUCAGCUAACCCAGAAUGGGGGAGCGUUGCUGCAAGGACCAGAGCCUGGGUGAGGGCAUAGUCUCCACGCCACGCGCUGUCUCAGUUGUGUUUGGCGAGCCUGGAUUUGGCCUGGGUGGUUCCCUGUGCCACAGUCGUUCGUGUCUUGGGCUGUAGCUGUUCUCAGGGGUCCAGCCUCCCCUUCCUGGCCUGCUAGCCACAGCCUUUUGUCUCCGGGUGAUAGGCGCCUAGGGCCUUGGAGAGGUGUUGUGCAAGCUGGUGCAGUGGGAGCUAGGAGGGUACCUGGAAGUCCUUUCAUGCCCCUGGGCAACACUGGAGGGUUGUGAUGCAGCAUUGGGACCAUUACUGUUGACUGGGCAGAGAAGGGCCAGGCCCUGCCAGGAUGCUCUAAAAUGUCCUCAUAGAGCACUGGGCUUCGCCUGGAGGUCAUAAAUUGGCCACUGUCACAAUUCAGAAGCACCAGUAGUCUGGCAAGAGGCCCUUCUCCCCCCACUGACAAUGAGGAAGCAUUGGCUGUGGCCACAAUGCUGCCUUUGGAUGACCCUCGGGAGGGCAUGUAAGGAGAGUUGUUUAGGGAAGGCGCUUUGGCUGGAUGGGUUUUGCAGGCUCAGCACAGAGAUGGGAGAGGGCAGGAAAGUGGCCCCGAGGAGGAUGUGAAGGGAACGCCCUCUUGGUGCUCCAGGUCAGUUGCGUCCUGUGCUGUAGGACUGGCUGGGGUGCUGGGGGAGGAAGUCCCUUUGCUGAAGGGCUCGGGUCCUCCCAGAGCCUCAGUCAGGGCUGGCCCCUGGAGUCCUCUUGCCAUGUCACAGUUAUUGAUGGGAGCAGCUGACACAUCGGCGCGGAUGAUGUGCCAUAAGCACUUGCGCGCUGCCACUUUGUGAAACUGGACGGCAGCCGCUCAGGGUCUUCCUGUUCUCCCCCUUUUACAGUUAAGGAAACCAAGGCUUGGGAGGUUGGGCUGCCUGCCCUGCAUCAUCCAGCCGUUAAAUGGCAGAGCUCUGCCUUGUGCCAGCUCUUCAGCUGUUAGCCAGGCUUCACGCCCUCGGUGCUUCUCUGCACCCACUCUGCCACCGCUGUCAGCACAGUCACGGGGCAGAAGCCCACAUUACACUCCCUGGGCUUGCUCACUCCUGCACCCAGGCUGUCGUGACGCCUGUAGCUUCCUCGGCUUCCUCUCCCCUUGACUCUGCUGCUUGAGUGUGUCCUUGUCCCUCAUCGCAUUGUGUCCAGGACUCAUCCUCUGCAAGCACACCCCUGCUCUUGUCACCCUCUGCACAUCUGUGGGUGUUUAUUGAGAUUGUCUACUUUCUAGCAUCUGGCCACAGAGAGGACACACCCUCUCAGGUUACGCAGCAGAGCCUGGUGCUGGUGUUCAGAGUCCCCUCUGGCCACACUUGCUCUCCCAGUGCUGCAUGCUCUCGCGGAGUUGUGUGGCCCCCUCCCUCUGCCUUUUGCUCUGCUUGUGAGCACAGCUGCUCUUUAGGGCGACAGCAGGUGCCCAGCUUGUUGGCCUCUCUUCUGUGGCAUCUGUCACCAGCUGCCCUGUGAGGUCGUCAUUCUUGUCCUUGUGUCCAGGUCAGAAGUAGAGUGUCUUGCUCACUUUUGCAUCUCUGCAAGCCUGUCUUGGUGCUUGGUGAACUGAUGCAAUGAUUCACCCUCUCCAGGCUGGGGUCUGUCUGUUGGGGGUUUUCUGACUCGGUGUUGGAGGCGUUGCAGUGGACUUAGCGUGUUUUGCUUUGAGGCUGAGGCCAGAGGCCCAGAGACCCAUUGGGUCCUGACAGUGCUGAGUUGUGUUUUGGUGCCACUGUUGCUAAAGCCCCUUCUUCAGUUCUGCCAGUUGGGUGAGACAACAUGUGUUGUCCACCAGAAGAGCAAGUGAGGAGCCACCUGUGACACUGUCCUGGGAUGUCCUGUUGGUUCCCUGCCAGAUGCUGACUUCUGGGUCCCUUAGGGAACCCCAAACCUGAUUUUGUUUUCUUUUGUUUUUUAUUUUUAGAGACUGGGUCUCAUGCUGUCACCUAAGCUGGAGUCCAGUGGCCCAGUCAUACUGGCUACUCACUGUAGCCUGCACUCCUGGGCUCAAGCUGUGCUCCCACUUGGCCUCGCAAGUAGCUGGGACUACAGGCACACACCACCACACCAGCUAAUUUUUUUACAUUUUUGUAGAGACUGUCUCAGUGUGUUGCUCAGACUGGUCGACUGUUACAAUCUUUCAGAACUCCCACUGGGGCCAAUACACGGUGCCCAAGGUCACUAGGCCCCUCUCGCAGAGGCCAUGCUCUUCUCAGGGUCUGGUGGCCACACUGGCCUGCCACGCCCUCUGACCCCUUCCCCCCCCCCCGGGGGCAGGGAGCCAGCCCCAUCAGUGCCUCCUCCACGUGGCACAGCGCAGGGCACACAGCAGGUGCCUGACCCCUGACCAGGGACCCAUUUCUUUUAACUAAAUGUCUGUGUUCAGGGCUGACGGAGUGGUGGUAUAACAGGCACGUGUCCAUCUUUUUCCCCAUAACAUGUGUUCUGGGAUGGUGGCGGGACAGGUAUGGAGCAUGCAACUGCCCCAGCUCCUUCUGGGGGGCCCGUCCACCCAGGGCUGCCUCCAGCCUCCCCUGGGUCCCCAGGAGCUCAGCAUCAAGGUAGCAGGAACUCAGAGAGCGGCUUCCAGAUCCUCCCAGCCGCCCGCCCGCUUGUCCUGUGGGCCAAGUUGCUGUCCUGGACCUGUCCAAAACCUGGACCUCUGUUGCCUGUGUUAUAGGGACAUUGUUUGUCACCUCAAACCUCAUCUAUCAAGUGGUUUGUCCCACAGCCAAGUCGGGGACAGAGGCUGGCUUGAGGGAGAGAGAUGAAACCAACGCACACGAUGGUCAACUGCUGGUUCUGCAACCAGGACACGCUGGUGCCCUACGGGAACCGCAACUGCUGGGACUGCCCUCACUGCGAGCAGUACAACGGCUUCCAGGAGAAUGGCGACUACAACAAGCCGAUCCCUGCGCAGUACAUGGAGCACCUGAACCACGUGGUGAGCAGCACGCCCAGCCUCCGCGACCCCGCCCAGCCGCAGCAGUGGGUGAGCAGCCAAGUGCUGCUGUGUAAGAGGUGCAGCCACCACCAGACCACCAAGAUCAAGCAGCUGGCGGCCUUCUCUCCACGCGAGGAGGGCAGGUACGAUGAGGAGGUGGAGGUGUACCGGCACCACCUGGAGCAGAUGUACAAGCUGUGCCGGCCGUGCCAGGCGGCCGUCGAGUACUACAUCAAACACCAGAACCGCCAGCUGCGCGCGCUGCUGCUCAGCCACCAGUUCAAGCGCCGGGAGGCCGACCAGACCCACGUGCAGAGCUUCUGCUCCUCCGCAGCGAAGGCCCCGGCCCAGGUCAUCCUGCUCCGUGCCCUCGCCUUCCUGGCCUGCGCUUUCCUGCUGACCGCCGCGCUCUAUGGCAGCAGUGACCCCUUCGCUCCAGGGGCCGCCCUGCCGCUGGCCCUGCCGCCUGGUGGCAAUGGCUCUGCCACGCCUGACAACAGCAGUGCCCCUGGAGCUGAGGGCUGGCGGCAGCUGCUGGGCCUGCUGCCCGAGCACACAGCAGAGAAGCUGCGAGAGGCCUGGGCCUUCGGGCAGAGCCACCAGAUGGGUGUCGUGGUGCUGGGCCUGCUCACCUGUCUCCUGGCCAUGCUGCUGGCCGGCCGCAUCAGGCUCCGGAGGAUCGAUGCCUUCUGCACCGGCCUGUGGGCCUUGCUGCUGGGGCUGCACCUGGCGGAGCAGCAUCUGCAGACGGCCUCGCCCAGCUGGCUGGACACACUCAAGUUCAGCACCACGUCCCUGUGCUGCCUGGUGGGCUUCACGGCAGCCGUGGCCACAAGGAAGGCGACGGGCCCGCGGAGGUUUCGGCCCCGAAGGUACUUCCCAGGAGACUCUGCUGGCCUCUUCCCCACCAGCCCCAGCCUGGCCAUCCCUUGCCCGAGCGUCGGCGGCUCUUCACCGUCUCUGUUCAUCCCCACCCCGCCCGGCUUCCUGCCCCUCGCCAACCAGCAGCUGUUCCAGUCUCCGCGACGGGCCUCGCCCUCCUCGCUGCCAGGCCGCCUCAGCCGGGCCCUCUCGCUGGGAACCAUACCCUCUCUGACCCGAACAGACUCGGGCUAUCUGUUCAGCGGGAGCCGCCCACCGUCUCAGAUGUCCCGAUCUGGGGAGCUUCCGGUUUCAGAUUACUUCUCUCUGCUGUUGGGGAGCUACCCCUCCUCCCCGCUGCCUUCCCCGGCGCCCUCCGUGGCUGGCUCGGUGGCCUCCAGCUCUGGGUCCCUGCGCCACCGCAGGCCCCUCAUCAGCCCUGCCCGGCUCAACCUGAAGGGGCAGAAGCUCCUGCUGUUCCAGACCCCGCCCGGGGAGGCCCCCGCCACCCCCAGCAGCUCGGACGCCCACUCGCAUCACAACGGCAGCCUCUUCGCCAUGGAGCCUCCCCAGGUGCCCCGGGGGCAGCCCGCGCAGGACACGAAGCACACCGUGGAUUCGAGACUGCGGCCGGAAGGAGGCAGUGCCUGCAGCAGCCGCUCCAUCAAAAAAGAGGACGACUCCUCCCAGUCGUCCACCUGCGUGGUGGACACCACCACCAGGGGCUGCGCAGAGGAGGCCGCCGCCUGGAAAGGUCGUUUCGGCCCCUCCAUGGUCCGGGGCCUCCUGGCUGUGAGCUUGGCCGCCAACGCCCUCUUCACCUCGGCGUACCUAUACCAGAGCUUGCGCUGACCCUCGGGGUGGCGCCCGGUGCAUGCUGUUCCCACCACUGCCGGCCUCGGAGCCCUCCCUGGAGGGGCUGCUGCCCUGGCCCUCGUCUCCAGGGCCGUUGACCUUGCGGGACUGUGAGCCACUGCUCUCAGGACGCCUGCGCCGCCUCCCCUGACUGACAGCUGGGCUGAGUGUGGGUCUGGGGCCACUCUGCCCGCCCAUCUCCUUGGCUGCCAUCAGUUAUGUGUUUGGUGCUGACACUCUGACCCUGAAGCCAGGGAUCCCCACGGGCUGCAUGACCCUGGGGUCCCCACCAUUGUGCCCCGCCUGGCAGGACACAGCACUACUGUAACCCAGCAGCCCAGGCUGCCCUGGGCCCUGUGCCCACGGCCGUGCUCACAUCUUUCGUACUGUACUCCCCUGGGGGAACGGAGGGGGACAGCCCUGGGCCACACAUCCUCACCCUGCCUGGGGGAAGAGAACCUCCCCUGGGUGGCCCUGAGGAAGGGCAUCAUCGGCCACCUUGCCCUUCUGUGCGAGUGGUGUCGCCUGGCCGUCUCAGAGCCCCCCUGGGUCUCAGCAGCCAGGAGCCCAGCUGCGCCUUCAGGACCAGUGUACGCACCUUUCCUCCCCCUCCCGUCUGGCUCCCCUCUCCUGCCGGGUGUACCCCUGUUUCAUGACCUCUGGUGACCUUCCCAGGAAGCAGCCCCAUUUCCCCAAGAUCACAGCCCAGGGCCUACCUCACCCUGUUUUUCCAGGCCUGGCUUGCUGGCCAGGCAGGGUAGGGGGUGGGGGGCCUUCAGGUCUCUGGUGCGCUGGACCCCUCCCCCACCCUGCUGGGCACCUGGCUCCUCUCAGCCACUGAGACCCCACUGUCCUUCCUUGCAUUCUGUCCCCACUGGGCUCCACGUGACCUCUGCCUCCCAGGCCCCCCACUGGCUUUCUUCCCUGCCCACUGCCUUUGGUCCCUCCACUGGCCUCUGGCUGACGCUGCCCGGGAGGAGUGGGCGGGGCUUCGGUCUGGGCGGUGCGUGCGUGUGUCUGUAGAGUGUGCCACGGGGAGGAGUCAGCUGCCACGGUGAGUUCUGAGACACGGGGGGCCUGGGGGUCACAGGGGCAGGAGGGAAGGGUCUUCACUCUGUCAUUCAGGGAUAAAGUUUAAUUUUAUUUUUCUACACGUUUUGCCAGGUAAGGCAUUUUGCUGAUAAGCAGGAUGUCCCCAAUUCUCCCUGCUAGGGAGGUUUCAUUUUUUUAAGCUUUGGGUGCUUUUUUAAUAAUUAUUUUUAACAUGUGGGGAAGGAGACUGUGCUGACUACACUCUCCCCCUCCUCCCCACUCCUGUCCUGAGAGCUCCCCAUGCUGUGCCCCACCCCGGCCCCCCCAGAACGUGGGGAGCAGGUGGGGCCGGGCCAGGACUUGAGUCCAACUGCCACAGGGUUCCAACUGGGAGAUGGUGCCUCUCAGUCCCCAUUUGUACGGUGGGUGUGUGUGUCGUUUUUUUAAUUUUAUUUUGUGCUUAACCAAACCAAACUCCAUUCCCAAACGCCCUUCCUCGCCGGCUCCUCUCCCAGCCGGGCCAGCCUGGCCUCUCCUGCCCGACCGUGGUCCCAGCACCCCGAGGGGCAGGGGACAGGCAGGGGGGAGAGGCUUUUGCUUUUGUCUCAAACAGAAAACACAACCUUAUUUUUCUUUACAAAAACAAAAAAGGAAACCAAAAAAGAUACAACCUUUGAACUGUG